AUGUCUGUUGUCGGCUCGCUCAUAUUCUGCGUUCAGUGCGGCAAUUUGCUCGACAAUGCGUCUGCCCUCGACGCGCCUCACAUUGCUUGCGGCCAAUGCGGUGCAGAGUACCCGCGCUCCAAAUUUUCGCACUUGAAAGUCGUCACCGCAACGGCUCAAGACGCUUUCCCAUCUGCAUUACGCUCCAAGAAAUCCGCAGUCAAGACUUCCUUGGCACGUAACGAACUCGAAGACGGUGCCACCAUCAAGGAGAAAUGUCCGCAGUGCGGUAACGACGAAAUGCAUUAUCACACAUUACAGCUUCGAUCCGCAGACGAAGGUGCUACCGUGUUUUACACCUGUACCGCGUGCGGGUACCGGUUCCGUACCAACAAUUGA